CUGUCUUCUUUUAGAUCCGUCAUUAUGUCAUACGUGGAGGCACUAUUGUAGCAUACUGGAAAGUAUUAAAAUAUAUUAUAUUUGAAGAUGCGGGCAUUUCAACAGCAGGGUCAGUCACAUGAAGGAAAACAUAUCUGUCCAUUUUACCUAAAGAAUCGAUGCAUAUAUGGCGAUCGAUGCAUUAAUUCACAUUGUUUACCAGAAAACAAGUCGUUCCAGACUUCAAAAUCUAUUCCUUGUAAAUUUUAUCUACAAGGUUCUUGUCACAAUGGAAUCAAAUGUACAUUUUCACACAAUAUAAAUGCCAAUUCAUCUCAUACCUAUCGCAGAGAUUUGAAGGAAGCCAUUGACUCAAAAUAUUCAAACAGUCAGUCAAAUAAUCUCACCAGAUACCUAACUAACAUUGAUACUAAUAUUGUCAGUAAAACCAAUAAUAAACCAAUAACAGGUUUUUCAUUCCGUCAGACUGAAAAAUUAAUCAAAAUGCAGUCAUCUCGAUAUCGUGAAUGGGGAUAUGAAGCUUCGGAAAUUUAUAGCUCCUAUGACCAGCUGAGUGAAAAAGAGCUAUCUAUAUAUCGUUCAGCUGGGAAUUUUGUUCCUGGUACAAUUCCUUUAUCUUCACCGUCAGAAAAUCUAUGUACAUUUUCUUAAAAAUGAACUGUUUUAUUCUUGUAUCAUGUGUCUAAAAUAAUUCUGUACCAAUUCAUCUACUUUUGAUUCUAAACUAUGGCCCAAGAUUUUCGUGUACCAGGGCUUUCA